UUCACUUCCGGCGCUCUGGCCGACUCGCGCGCUACUCUGUGGCCUCUCGGGUUCCCUCUAGCUGCAUUCUGGAGGACCGCGCUCGGUUUCUUUUUGGCGGCGGGAGGCCCCGCAGCCGCGGCUGAGCUGGAGGAAAGAUGGCGGCAGCGGUGCGGCAGGAUUUGGCCCAGCUCAUGAAUUCGAGUGGCUCUCAUAAAGAUCUGGCGGGCAAAUAUCGUCAGAUCCUGGAAAAAGCCAUUCAGUUAUCUGGGGUAGAACAACUUGAAGCUUUGAAAGCCUUUGUGGAAGCAAUGGUAAAUGAGAAUGUCAGCCUCGUGAUCUCUCGACAGUUGCUGACUGACUUCUGCACACAUCUCCCUAACCUGCCAGACAGCACAGCCAAAGAAAUCUAUCAUUUCACCUUGGAAAAGAUCCAGCCUAGAGUAAUUUCAUUUGAGGAGCAGGUUGCUUCAAUAAGACAGCAUCUUGCAUCCAUAUAUGAGAAAGAAGAAGAUUGGAGAAAUGCAGCCCAAGUGUUGGUGGGAAUUCCUUUGGAAACAGGACAAAAACAAUACAAUGUAGAUUAUAAACUGGAGACUUACCUGAAGAUUGCUAGGCUAUAUCUAGAGGAUGAUGAUCCAGUCCAGGCAGAAGCUUACAUAAAUCGAGCAUCGUUACUUCAGAAUGAAUCAACCAAUGAACAGUUACAGAUACAUUAUAAGGUAUGCUAUGCACGUGUUCUUGAUUAUAGAAGAAAAUUCAUUGAAGCUGCUCAAAGAUACAAUGAGCUCUCUUAUAAGACGAUAGUCCAUGAAAGUGAAAGACUAGAGGCCUUAAAACAUGCUUUGCACUGUACCAUCUUAGCAUCAGCAGGACAGCAGCGUUCUCGAAUGCUUGCUACUCUCUUUAAGGAUGAAAGGUGCCAGCAACUUGCUGCAUAUGGGAUCCUAGAGAAAAUGUACCUAGAUAGGAUCAUCAGAGGAAAUCAACUUCAAGAAUUUGCUGCCAUGCUGAUGCCUCACCAAAAAGCAACUACAGCAGAUGGUUCCAGUAUUUUGGACAGAGCUGUUAUUGAACAUAAUUUGUUGUCUGCAAGCAAAUUAUAUAAUAAUAUUACCUUUGAAGAACUUGGAGCUCUUUUAGAGAUCCCUGCAGCUAAGCACGAGAAGCCUUGCCAACCUGGGACAAACAGAUUCAAUCACUUUGUUUCCAAGUGAAUAACCUUUUGGAGAAAAUCAGUCAGACAGCACCAGAAUGGACAGCACAAGCCAUGGAAGCCCAGAUGGCUCAGUGAGCCCUUACAGAACUCUGUGCACACUACUUCCUUUUCCAUGUUGUACAGAUUAAUUUCACUUGUCUCCAGAGCAUUUGCAUCAUGACCUUACACAUUUCAAUCCCUUUUAUUCUGGAUUCUACUUAAGGAAGACAUUGUUAGAGCAAGAAGUGCAAGCAUUUAAAAAUAAUGUAGUUCCCAUAUAUUUAGGGUCUCUGUGUAUCAAGCUAACUCAGAUGUUUUGAAAGCUUUUUUCUUUAAAUGGAGUAAGUGAAAUAUCUGUGACUAAAAAGUUUGGAAUUUGUGAUAACUUUGUAGUCAUGUAAAACUUAAUUGCUUUGUGCCUCUCCAAAUGUGGUUAUUCUAAUAAAUGGAGAAUUGAGCCAAAUAAAAAUAGUACUUUGUUUUUAAUUAGCGAGCAAUAUUUUUUCACUUUUAAAUCAGCAGGCAUUGAUUUAUACUGUAUUCUGGAAAUACAGAGGUAAAAAAUUUGUUCACCAGGCAUUCAGAGCUAAUAGACAGUAGGUGUAAUACUUGAAGUUGCACAAAGUACUAGAACACAU